AUGUUGCUCUCCGAAGAACCCGCGACUCUUAUUCAUCAUACUAUCGAAAACUUCAACAUCGCACCAGACAAACUUGCCGUCUCUCGUGUUACAGAGUCACUUUCGACACUCCAACAAGCUCGCGAUCUUCGCGUUCGUGAGGCGGAGUCCUCACUGAAGAAGCUCUCUCGUCAGCUCGCAACACACACAUCGCGACAUGACGAUCUCGUUGCUUCCCACUCGUCAGCAGAUCACGCGUCCAACAUCGCACGUCUAGACACAUUGAAAUUUCGUACCGCCAAAGCUGCUGCUGAUGCUGAAACUGACGCUGAACGCCUUGCUCUAACGGCCGCUGACCUCAAGGCUCGUCUUCGCGAGCUGGAGCUUCAGGGCGUGGAGGGCGAUGCGGCAGCUAAUGCCCGACGCAGAGACCCAGUUGAUGACGAGGUGCUGCUAAGGCUCAAGGUGUAUAGAAGCCUGGGCAUCGACAUUGAGAGGGACGAGAGGGACGGUGAGUGGUCCAAGGCUGUUAUUCGGAAUGAUCGCAAAGGGGACGUGCAUGUUGUCAACAUGGAUAAGAAGUUCUCGCGAUUCUUUUACGCAAACUACUUCUGGCAGACUCUCUAA